GUGAAGUGCUACGGCUGGGGCAGGGGCACCAUCUACGACUACGGGGCCCUCACCAUCGACGGCGAGGAGUACGUGCCCUUCAGGAAGUACGCGGGCAAGAUGGUGCUCUUCGUCAACGUGGCCACCUACUGAGGGCUCACGCUGCAGUACCUGGAACUGAAUGCACUACAGAAUGAACUGGGGCCGUACGGGCUCGUCAUCCUGGGCUUCCCCUCCAAUCAAUUCGGAAAGCAAGAGCCUGGCCAGAACUCGGAGAUCCUCCCGGCGCUGAAAUACGUCCGGCCUGGUGGAGGCUUUGUCCCAAAUUUCCAGCUCUUCCAGAAAGGGGAUGUAAACGGUGCCAAGGAGCAGAAGGUCUACACGUACCUGAAGAACGCCUGUCCCCCGGUCGCGGAGGAGUUUGGGAACCCUAAGAACCUCUUCUGGGAGCCCCUGAGGAACCACGACAUCAAGUGGAACUUCGAGAAGUUCCUGGUGGGCCCCGACGGGGUGCCCGUGAUGCGCUGGUACCACCGGGCCAACAUCGCCGUCGUGAAGAACGACAUCAUCGAGUACAUGAGGCAGCAGCGGCAGCAGCGGCAGCAGGCCCAGUAG